CUUCCUUACAUACUUAGUCCUCUCCCAUGCCCAUCAACAGCAUGGUCAAUCAAUCACUUUUACCACCUUAAAAAUUCAAUCCACUGCUUUGACUGGGAAUAGCUUCUUCCAGCGCAUAUCUCAACGGUCGUCGCCCUGCAGGUUCCAACAUAACCUUCUUCAACCAAUCCGCCCAGCGUCAGUUCAGUCCGCCCGAGCCCUUCUCCGCCGCGCCGGCAGACCAAACCUUCAUCCUCCGCAUGAAGGCCACAGGCAACAGCUACUCGUGGGCGCUCAACACCACCUCCCUCCCCGCCAACGUAACCGACGAGUCCUCCUCGCCUCCCUCCGAAGUGAUCCUCUUCUCCCCGCAGCCCAACAUCCGCAACAAUGUGACCAUCACGACGCAAAACAACACUUGGAUCGACUUGGUCUUCGUCACGGCCGCCGCGCCGCAGCCCGCGCACCCAAUCCACAAACACGGCAACAAGAUGUGGCUGCUCGGCACGGGCACGGGCGAGUGGGUCUGGAGCAGCGUGGCCGAGGCAGCGAGGGCGCUGCCCGCGGGGACGUUCAACUUUGCGGAUCCGCCGCGCAGGGACUCAUUCGCGACCCUUCCCGCGCUGGCGUCCGAUCUGCCACCUGGACGGCGGUGCGGUACCAUGUGACCCAGCCCGGCGUGUGGUUUAUUCAUUGUCAUAUCCAAAGUCACCUGCUCGGGGGCAUGGGCAUGGUCAUUCAGGACGGGGUGGACAAAUGGCCCGUUGUGCCGGAUGAGUAUCGAGGGUAUCGGUGAGAGAGUUUUUGGGGUUAGAGUGUUCGAAUACCUAGUUUGACCACUUCACCCGAUGACGAUGAUAGUGAUCAUGAGAGCGAUGAGGUGACGGCGAGACUCUGACAUGUGAGAUGGAGGAGAUGAAUUUGAAACUUACGG